AUGGCGAGCACAAUAAGUUUUUUCACGGACUUAUCGAAAAUAUCAAAAAUCUUGAGCAGAAUGACGUGCCCUAUUAUGAAAAGCAGAUUUGUUCAUAUUUCACCUGUUAGUUAUCAUGGGGAAUACGAAUGGCAAGACCCUAAAUCAAAAGAAGAAAUCGUCAGUGUCACUGUUAUCAAUAAAGAUGGAGAACGCAUCUCUUUAACAGGAAAAGUAGGUGAUAAUCUACUUUACUUAGCACAUCGUUAUCAAAUCCCAAUGGAAGGAGCUUGUGAAGCUUCUCUAGCAUGCACCACCUGUCAUGUUUAUGUUAAUGGAAAACAUUUGGAUGCCUUACCUGAAGCCACUGAGACUGAAGAAGAUCUUUUAGACAUGGCCCCAUUUUUGAAAGAAAACUCAAGAUUAGGUUGUCAGAUAAAGCUCACUAAAGAUCUAGAAGGAAUGGAAAUUCAGCUUCCCAAAGCAACUAGAAAUUUUUAUGUAGAUGGACAUACCCCAAAGCCACAUUGA